GGCAGGCAUGCCAGCUACCUAUGUCGAGACAGUGGCUGCUAGGCUCUCCAAGGGUCAUCGGGAUUAUCUGAUCGAGCGCCAUGGGACGUUGGACCUAGAUCCCAUUCCGGGGAUUAGUCGUACGGAUCCGUACAAUUGGCCUACUUGGAAGAAAAUGAUGAACUUGAUUCUAGUUGCCUUCCACGCAUUAAUGGGAACCUUCAUGGCGAGCUCGAUUAUCCCAGCAUACUCAACCAUCGUUGAAGAGUUCGGUGUCUCAUUGCAGAGAGCGAGUUACCUCACAUCACUACAAAUCGCGAUCCUUGGAGGUGCACCGCUGUUCUGGAAACCCCUAUCCAACCGAUUCGGUCGCCGUCCCAUUUUUCUGUUAUCCCUGAUAUGCAGUUUGAUCUGUAAUGUAGGAUGCGCAAAGAGUCCCGAUUAUGCGUCAACCGCUGCAUGCCGAGCAUUGGCGGCAUUCUUCAUCUCUCCAGCAUCUGCUAUUGGUAGUGCCGUGGUGAUGGAAACGACGUUUAAGAAGGAUAGGGCCCGGUACAUGGGGGUCUGGACCCUGAUGGUCACACUGGGAGUUCCUAGUGGGCCGUUUAUUUUUGGGUUCGUCGCCUAUCGGGCAGGGUAUCGGUGGAUCUAUUGGGUCCUUGCAAUGAUCAACGGCGGCCAAUUUAUCCUAUACCUCUUCUUCGGACCGGAAACGCGUUACGUGGGCAAUGGUGCCGACCGCCAGAUAAACUGGAAGACCGAAUACCUCUAUAUCAGUCGCAUCGAUAAAACGCCAUUCUCAUGGUACGAGUUUAUCAGGCCAUUAACAAUGGCCAAGCGCCCAUCCAUCCUAAUCCCCGCUGUGGCAUACGCCAUGGUGUUCCUCUUAGCCAGUAUCCUCUCUACAGUCGAGAUCCCAAAUCUUCUCCAAGAGAAAUUCAGCCUGAAUGAAGAACAAGUCGGUCUCCAAUUCCUGGGGGUCAUCAUUGGCUCCAUCAUCGGCGAGCAGCUAGGUGGUAUCAUGUCCGACUUUUGGAUGCGCCUGCAAGAACGCCGACUCGGGCGCAAAGCAGACCCUGAGCACAGGUUGUGGCUGAGCUAUUUUGGCUUCUCCCUCGCCAUUAUCGGUCUGGUUGUUUUCCUUGUAUGCACUCAAGCAGCACCUAGUGGCCAUUGGCGAGUAACCCCCAUCAUUGGCACUGCUAUCGGAGCUGUGGGAAACCAAGUCAUCACCACCGUGCUGGUCACGUAUGCUGUUGACUGUUAUCCGAAGGAGGCGGCGAGUGUUGGCGUUUUCAUCACGUUCGUUCGUCAGAUUUGGGGGUUUCUUGGGCCGUUCUGGUUCCCGUCAAUGUUCGAAAGCGUGGGUAUCGCAGCGAGUUCCGGUGUGGGCGUUGCUCUUAUCGUCGGUGUCAGCGUGGUUCCGACAAUAUUCUUGCACCGGAAGGGGCGUGUAUGGCGUAAGGAGAAGGUAUAUUCCUAAUGCUGUUA